CGGAGGGCACGGCCGUGACGUGUACAGUCAUCUGUGCUGGGUGAUUACGUGUAGCUCACCAACUAGCAGCAGCUAGCUUGUCAGACGAGACGAGUGUCCGGGGAGUUCGUGUCGACUGUCACACGGAUAGAUAUCCUCUGAGCGCACACAGCUGAAAGACGAACACACAGCCACUGAGCACCCGAAAAACACCGCGGACUGUAUUUUAUCCAAGUUAAUACGAUGUAGCAGAAUGGGAUCACCGGUACAAACCUGUCUCGAGUGGCACUGCAUAAGGACCCAACUCUGUCUCAGCCACCACGACACAGAGCCGUAAAUUCAAUGCAUUGCACGAAGUUACUCACUCUCCAGAAACUGCAGAUUUCACUCAGAUAGAGACGGUGAGAGGACCAACAUGUUUGCCAAACUGAAGAAGAAGAUUGCAGAAGAGGCAGCCACUGCACCUCGGAGUGGCGUCCGUAUACCGCGCACCAUCAGCAAAGAAUCCAUCACCUCAGUGGGGGCAGACUCUGGGGAUGACUUUGCAUCUGAUGGCAGCAGCUCCAGGGACGACCUGCCCACCCAGCUCCUCAGAAGGAAUGAUCAGAUCCGGAAGCUGGAGGCCAAGUUAUCAGACUACGCUGAGCAGCUACGAAUUAUGCAGAAGACCAAGGACAAGCUUGAAAUUGCGUUAGAAAAGCAUCAGGAUUUAUCCAUAAAGAAACUUCAAGACCAGAAUGAGUCUCACCAGGCCAGCAGGACCAAAAUGGCAGAGGGGAUGACUUUAGCACUGGAAAAGAAGGAUCAGGAAUGGAUGGAGAAGAUGGCCGCUGUGGAAAAGGAGAAGGCUGGCCUGUCAGCCCGGCUAGAGGAGAUGAUGGAGCAAAGCUUAGCACUCUUCCAGAAAAGGGAUGACCUGGAUGAACUGGAGGGCUUUCAGCAACAGGAGCUCGCUAAAGUUAAACACAUGUUGCUGAAGAAGGAGGAGCAGAUGAGCCAGCAGGAGCGGGAGCUUAAGCAGAAGGAGGCUGAACUUCAGUCGGCAAGGCGAGGGCUGUCUGAGACUCGGGGUAAACUCCGGGCGCUGGAACAGCAGCAUGAGGAGAGCUGCAGACUCAACUCUGAGCUUGAAAUAGAGCGAGAGGAACUGCUGCUGCUCAGAGAGGAGGCAGACAAGAAGAUCAGUGAGCUGGAGGGACAAUCCCAAGAGCUGCAGUCAGUCAUUCAGCAGGUCUCUGAAGACUUCCAGAAAUCACAGAGUAUGGUGUCAAAUUUAGAGAGGUCCCUCCAGGAAUUACAGACAGAACAUGACGACCUGAAAUUGCAACGACAAAAGGCUGCUGUAACGGAGGAGGACAAGGAGCGCUUGUUAACAGACCUCCAAAAGAAAGUGACUUCUCUGGAGAGACGGCUGCAAGGGAACCUAAGCCAGGACGAGCACCUACAGGAGCUGCUGCAGGAGAAAUCAAGCCUGGACCAAAGCCUGGAAGAGACCAGAGCAGAGCUGCUGGCAGUUCGGACAAACCAUGCUGAUACAGUCAGCUCUCUGGAGGCACAGGUAUCCAAAAUGAGCUGCAGCAUUGUAGAACUGCAGACCCUUCUCCGACACAAAGAAGAAUCCUCCAGAGCCUACAGAGAGAGAACAGACACACAAAUAGCUAAUCUGGAGCAGCAGGUGCUAGACAGUAAUGAGAGUCUGAGGAGUGCAGAGCAGCAGAUCACAGAGAAACAGCAGCACAUGGAUAAACUACAAGGAGAGUGGAGUGCAGAGAAAGCGUUUCUAGAUCAGCAGCUAUGCUUGUUGGAGCAGCAGAGGCAGGAGAAGGCCAGCCGCCUGGAGGAAAGCAUCGCCUCUCUACAGACAGAAAGACAGACGCUGCAGGACAGAGUGGCUGAUCUGGACAAGCAAAGGGACAAGGCAGAUUCCACACUGAGGCGGCAGAUAGAAGAGCUGGAGCAGUGCAGGGCGGAGCUGAACAACCGGCAGACAGUGAGCACGGAAAUUGCCAAAGCCCUCGAAGAAACCAGACAACAGAAGGAGGAGCUACAAACACAGGUUGGAGAGCUGACCAGAUCGCUAAAGAGCUCAAGGCAGGAACUGUCCACAGUCACUGAGAAGCUAAUACAGAGGGAGGAGGACAUCAGAACACUCCAGAAUGAGGUGCAGCAACAGCAAGCAUCACUGGUCCAGUUGCAGGAGGAGGUGGAGCGACAGCGAGCCCAGAUGGAGCAGAUGGAACUGGACAAAGACUCCCAGCUGAGCAGCCUGAGGGAGGAGCUGCACAGUCAGACACAGCAGUUAGAUGGCUGCCAGGCACGGAUCUCAUACCUGGAGGUGGAGGUGGAAACGCUGACAGAACAGCUUCACUGCCCUGAAGUGUGUGAGGAGGAUCACAACGGCAGUGUGACAGUGGACGAUUUGGAUCACAUUCAGAAAGUCAACCGAGAUCUGGAGCAGCAGCUCAGCGACAAGAACAGGACCAUCAAGCAGCUGCAACAGAGACUAGCAGAACUGAAGAGAACGCUGCAGAAAGAACUGAAACUAAAGCCUGAGUCAGAAGCUGAAGCAAAGGAGAAGGUGCCAGAAAGCCGAGCAGAAAAACACGAGAGGGUUUGUCCAGACCCACCGCCAGCAUCCACCCCGAGCCCCCCAACCUCCAACACCACGGUGACCAACACCUCAGACCUCAACGACUCGCGAGAAAUCAACUUUGAGUAUCUCAAACACGUCGUCCUCAAGUUUAUGUCAUCCAGAGAGGCUGAGGCAUUCCAGCUAAUACGAGCUGUAUCUGUGCUCCUGAACUUCACUCGUGAGGAAGAGGACAUGUUGAAACAAACUCUGGAGUACAAGAUGUCCUGGUUUGGAUCCAAGCCUUCUCCAAAGGGGAUCAUCCGGCCUUCAGUCUCAGGUGCAUCACACUGGAGCUGAUGAACAGAAGAGAAUUUAAGCAAUGCAGAGAAAGGAACUAAUGGACAAACGUCCUGGUGGAAAAAGUCCUUCCUCUGUGGCUGCCAUCACUGAGCAGGACUCUAGCUUUAAACUUUGAACAGUCUCCCACAGCUUUCUCUGGCUGUGUGGGGAGGCCUGUUGUUUUUUUUCUGUGGGGACAGAGAUGGGUUGCACAGUAUGUUUGCGAGAUAAAUGACUUCAUAAUCAGUUGUUGAUUUUAAAACAACAUUUUUCCUUGUCAAUGGUUAAGGCAGGUAGACUGGUGAUAGAGAUAGAGGUGAAAAGGACAGACACAUGAUUCACACUGGCCCUGACGUAUGACACAAAUCAGACAUGAUUUUAUUUGGAUCAUAAAGAAAUAACAGGCUGACUUGACUGUUAUUUUAAGAACUGCCUCAUACUAUGUACAAGUCUGGUGUUUUUGUUGGAACAAAAAGCAGUGUGACUUGUCGUGACUGUCUUCACAUCCAGCAUCCAGCCUUUGAUUGCUGAAGGACAUUUUAGCCUGUCACUUUGUUUAUCUUUUAAUUUUAAAUCACAGAGGGCUUCUUAAUGAAAAUGUGUCAUUAACUGAUCUGUACAGGAGACUGAAGCUGCUUUGGUUUCAGUAUGAGUGAGAAUUUAUUUAAUAUUACCUGCCAAAUGGACAUAAAUGGUUCAUAUUUGUGUCAAAGGAUCUAAAUGAGUCUCUUUGUCAUAAAGGUGCCAUCAACCAUUUUCUUUCCAGGAAUAACAGCACAUCUUUAUUAUCUGUUGAAAAUAUUAAUGAUGGCAUAUAAUAUGGCAUGAAA